AUGGCGGAGAAUCACUGCGAGCUGCUGCCACCGGCUCAGAGCGGCCUCGGGGCGGGGCUGGGGGGUGGCCUGUGCCGCCACUGCAGCGCUGGGCUCGGUGCCCUGGGCCCCAGUGGCGUAUCCAAGUGGGUCCGGCUUAAUGUCGGCGGCACCUACUUCCUCACCACCCGGCAGACACUGUGCCGAGAUCCGAAGUCUUUCCUGUACCGCUUGUGCCAGGCGGACCCCGACCUAGACUCUGACAAGGAUGAAACGGGUGCCUAUUUAAUUGACAGAGAUCCCACCUACUUCGGACCUGUGCUGAACUACUUGAGACACGGAAAGCUGGUUAUUAACAAAGACCUUGCAGAGGAAGGCGUGUUGGAGGAAGCAGAGUUUUACAAUAUCACCUCACUAAUAAAACUUGUAAAGGAUAAAAUCAGAGAACGAGACAGCAAAACAUCACAGAUGUCAGUGAAGCAUGUGUACCGUGUGCUGCAGUGCCAGGAGGAGGAGCUCACACAGAUGGUGUCAACCAUGUCAGACGGCUGGAAGUUUGAGCAGCUGGUCAGCAUUGGCUCCUCCUACAACUAUGGAAAUGAAGACCAGGCUGAGUUCCUCUGUGUGGUCUCCAAGGAGCUGCACAACACCCCGUAUGGAACAACCAGUGAGCCGAGCGAGAAAGCCAAGAUUUUGCAAGAACAGGGCUCAAGGAUGUGAGCAGUACUGACAGCUGAAGAAAUGAUUUUCUUUCCCCAAGACAAAGUGAACCGCCAUGUGCAGAAAGCAUGGCUGUGAGAAGAAACCUGCUUUUGAUC